UGACUGAUUCGUCCCAAAUAGGUAGACAUAGAGGAUUGAUAGGCAAAUUGGAGAGGAGGAGACGAGAGCGAGGACGGAGGGGAAAACAGAGGUGCUCGCUAACAAUGGGGAUGCUCGCGCUGAAGCGGCUCAUGUCUGAGCGGCGGCGUCGCCAAAUCCGAGCCCGUGGAUGUGAUGCAGACAGAUGGAGUUCUUCAGAGGCUAAAAGAAAGAAGGAAGUCGGCAGCGAUGAUGUUUCUCCAGGUGCUAAACGAUUGAGAUCUUCAGGACUGCACCUUCCAGAGGAUAUCUGGUGUCACAUUCAUUCCCUAAUGCCACUGCGAGAUGCUGCUCGUACUGCCUGCGUGUCUCGUGCCUUUUCACAAUCCUGGAGAUAUCAUCCCAACCUCACCUUUAAUAAGUGUAUGCUUGGCUCAAAUAGCAAUGGACAUGUAACAGAUUUCAUCAGAACAAUUGACCAUGUUCUGAAAAAACACUCGGGAACUAACAUCAAGACACUCACACUUGAACUGGAUGAUUUUAAAAAUUCCUGGCGUCGUCGGCUGAAUAGUCUGCUUCAGAUUGCCAUGAGACCAGGGAUUGAAGAAAUAUCCCUUAGCUUCGGCUUCUUUGCGAAGGCAGCAUACACGUUUCCAUGCUGGCUUUUAUCUGAUAGGAUCAGGAAUUCAAUUCGGUGUCUUAAACUACACCGUUGUGUUUUCCGCCCCACAGUCAAACUUGGUCCUUUCAGAAGCCUGGCAAUGCUGCGUUUCUUUGAAGUGCGUAUUACAGGGUACAAGUUAGGGUGCCUUCUUACAAACAGUCCUGCUCUCGAGUGGUUGGAACUUAAUUCUUGUGACGAGUUAGAUAGCCUGAAGAUACCCUGCCAGCUUCAGCGGCUUAGCUACCUGAGUGUUUACUUUUGCCUGAGGCUGUACAUGAUAGAGAUCAAAGCUCCAAAACUUCGUGUUUUUGACUUGGAUGCAGAAAAGGUAAUAAAGCUCUCAUUUGGAGUAUCAGUGGAGCUGAAGCAGUUAUACAUAAGCAGUCCAGACCUUGUGAGUUGUGCCCAUUUGGAGUUCCUCUCCAAUGUGCCAGAUCUCGAAGGUCUCAAGCUAAAAUCGUGUUGCCAGGUGAUCAGUUCAGUGAUGCUACCCAUCAAGUUACUCCACCUCAAAGAAAUUAACCUUUCAUUGACCGAAGAGGGUGACUAUGAUUAUUUUUCUCUGGCUUGUUUGCUUGAUAGCUGUCCUUCCUUGAGGAAAAUUUUCUUAAAUGUAUCUCAUACAUGCGUGGGACAUCAGACGUUCAUGGAAGAUCCCUCACACCCGAGACAGAUGCCAGGGCAGCAGCAUGGCAAUCUUAAAAGCGUGACAAUCUUUGGUUUCUGUUAUGCAAAGAGCUUAGUCGAGCUAACAUGCUAUAUCAUCGAGAACGCUGCUACAUCGUUGGAGAGCCUAACAUUGGACAUUCAUGGUACGCGUGUUGUCUCGGUAUCUGGUGCCAUACUCAGGCCCAUGUGCGAUGGUAAGUUGGUGGAGGCUCCUCGAACUCUUCUGGCCAUCAGAACAUACAUCCAGCGGAGAAUCCCCUCGACUGUGAAGCUGAAUGUCCUGGAGCCCUGCGGCACGUGCAGUAACUAGGUACUGUUGGACAUUAGGCGCCAACCUAUCGUCCUGGAGUAACUAGGUACUUUAAAUGUUCUAUGUUGUCGUUCAAAUUACCGGAAUUUGUCGGAUGUUUGAAGUUGUGUACUGGUACCAUUAAAAAUAAGUGUGGUUUUGAUUAUUAA